AGAAAAGGUGACAUAUAAACAGAUAGAGGUUGAUAGAGAAAGAGAAAGGCGGGUGCGAAAGAUAGCGAAAAAGAAGCAUCAGCGUGAUAUACACACACAUAUACACACGCUACAAUGACGAUGGCUUGUCGCGGCGACCAGAACUGCGUCUCACAUGUCUGUGAGCAGGAAGAGGAGUGGGACGAGAUCAGCCUGCACGCAUCCGGCGCUGCCUGCACCGCAGACGAUCCACAACAGCAGCAACAGCAACACUGCACAACGCCAACACUUCCAUACCCGCUCGAACGCCUCACGGCAGCGACUCUCGUAGCGACCGCACAGACGAAAGAGGGACCUGCCUACACGGGGGAAUACGGUACGGGGCAGCGCGCCGACAGCAGCGACGACGGCACCCCGCCACAAGAGGGCGUGGGCGGCGAUCAGACCGGCCGGAGUGGCAGUCGGUCGCCGUUGUCGCGUGGCCAGGACCAAGUGAGGAUGGUGGAGGAUCUGCUGUUCGAGAUCUAUCUGAAUCGAUACAGAGCCAGCGGACGCAGGGACAGCUUUGAUAGCGAUGGUUACAGCAUAUCGUCCUGUACGAGCGACGCGCUGCCCGGCCGGUCGUCCGAGUAUGAACGAUCGAAUCCGGUCCGACUGAAGCGCGCCUGCAUGGAGACAACCGAUAUCGAGGACCUGCGACAGAUGGGUGGAGAAACUCGACCCACCGCAUACAGGUGUUCAACGUCGCCCUCGUGCGGCAGCUGCGGGUACGCGAGCGCCGCCGGCGAGUAA